AUGAGACCUAUUCCGGACCUCUCAUUCUCUCGCAAACCCUCCGACCAUCCUCCAUCUCCAUCCCUCGAUCCCCGCACUGCCACCCCUGCAACUUUCUUCUUAUCGCGCAGUCCAGAUGUCGCGGAUCAGGAUUCCAGUAUAUCGCUAGAUAGCCCCGAGGAUCUCAAAGAGAAUAUGUAUGGAGUCCAAAGCCUAGAUGCCUCUCUGUCCCAAUCAGCAUUCACAUCCUCGCCCCACGAUCACUCUGCAGAGGACAGCCUGAAGCAGGUAACAGACGGUUUAGAAUCACACCUCGCACAACGCCGGUCAACAUUGAAGCCGUUUAACUCGGGCACGGGGGAAUCCUCUGAAUACGCAUCACCCAUCCAUGCAGUGUCUCGGCCCUUAACUCCGCUUACGUUGGGCAUCCCCGAUGACCCAUCCUCCCUGCCCAGCAGUCCCAAAUCUACAUCCAACCAGUCCUUGCGGCCACUCGAUGAUGUUUCUAUCACGGAUGAAACCAAUAGUCAGGCUGUUGGAUCUGGAGACGAGGACGAAAUGCCCCAUGGGUCUCCAUUUUUGGCCCCAGGUGGAGCCUCCCAACUUAUCAUGCCAAGUAUCAAAAUGCCAAGUCGGAGACCGUUCACUGAACGAGGUAAAGCCAUGGGUCGAUUCAAGGUUCUUCUGGCUGGUGCUCCUGGUUCCGGUAAGACCUCGUUGAUCAAGUCUAUUGUUCAGACAUGCGAGGAUAUUGUACAUGUCGACACCAUCCCACAGACAACCUCUUCGGGACGUCGCAGACCUUCCCGCCCCCGAUCUCGGGCAUUGAUUGCCACAACAGAAAUUUAUGCUAGCACCAAACCUUAUCCUUCAUGGUGGUCGGAUUUGGAAGAUUCGCGCGUGCUCCAGCGACGGAAAAGCAUCGGAGAAAUUGUGUUAGAGAGGAACCUGUGUUUCGUGGACACACCCGCAACAAAUUUAAGCCGAGCAGGUCAAAGCGACGCUAUCGCGCAAUAUAUGAGACAACAAUUUUUCCGUGCCACCAAUGCGCUUAGUGGGUCUAGUGUUGAUUUCCAAAACCUCCUAGCCGGGAAUGGUGGAUCCCAGGUGGAUGCAAUCUUAUAUUUGAUUUCUAAUGACACCCUCUCAACAGAUGUGGAAUGCAUUCGCAAGCUCUGCGAGCUUAGCAAUGUAAUCCCAAUAGUAUCAAAAGCAGACACACUCACCCCAACUCAAAUCACUCACUUGAAAAUCCGCUUCCACGAACAGGCUCGCGAGGCCGGAAUCAAACCAUUCCUAUUCGGUGAUCCGCCGAACGGGCUAGAUGGGCUCGAAUCCCAACCCCCGUAUGCGGUCUCGUCCGAGAAAACAAUUGACACCGAAACGAUGGAUGCAAGCACCCUAAUGAGUCCAGACUACGUUCAGCCACUCGUGCCCUCCGAAUUAGACGCCCUAGUCAACAAAAUGUUCGAUCGCGAUAAUCUAGCAUGGAUGCGCCAUUCCGCUGCAAAGAAACUUCUCCAGCAACGCACGGAUUUGUAUCCGCUUCCGCCCUCAAUGCCGUUAUCGAGUGCACAGCCGGGUCCUGCCGCAGGUGGGUCCGAAUCUGCAUCUAGCAGCUGGCGCUCCGUCUCGGGAACGUCCAUUUCACCCGGCUCCCCACCCGGCUAUGCCAUGGCCCGCAUCGCGGACUACACCCGACAUGAGGAGCGCAUGGCGCAGGUGCGCCUCGCUCAGUGGGCCACAGACCUGCAGCGCAGCUUGCAGAACGAGCGCGAUCGAUACACCUCACUGGCUCGCGGCGAGCGCGCUGUAUGGCUUACCGAGCGGCUGGGCGAGUGUGUUGUCGAUGGGUCGUUGGUGCCUCUCUCGCAGACGCCUGGCUUUUGUGGACUGCAUGGCCCCAUCGGCGAGAAGAGCGCUGGUGGGUUCCAGGUCAUGCGCUCACAUUCCGCUUCCGGGGCGCGUCGUUUCACGGCUUUCAGUCCGCAUGACCCACUCGGCGUCGUUGGCUGGAUUGACGACCUUGGGCACCGGGGCUGGAUGCUUGUUCAGAUUGUUGGGAGCGUAGGGGGUUGUUGGUGGGUUGGCGCUUUGGCUUGCGCGCACUUGGGGUCUGCCAACGCGCAACCUUUCAGAUUUGCGGCUUGA